AUGAACUGGUCGGAUGCUGGUGAUGCUUCUAUUGAGGAGUCCAGUGACUCGACAGAGGAAAUGAGGGAGAAGAAAAAGCAUAAAAAGUGUAUGAAGAACCUUACGUGUGAGCAGCUGGCGAAGUUGCGGCAAAUGAUACGCGCCUUGGAGACUCUUGAGUGCACACCGUUUCCCUGUGACUGGAAAUACUCUUUAUCUUGCAGUGAUAAAGCUGAUUCAUCCGAGUCCCUUGUUACUGUGCAAGAGUCUGUAUCCAACUGGGAAAGAUAUCUUGUAUACUAUAGGAAACCAAGG